GGCCAGAAGCGCUCCGGACGACGCGACGAGCGCUCGUCGCACGGUCCCGCGAUACGACUACCGAAGUGCUACCGAUCUAGUGAUAGUAAAGUUGUGAUUUCGGCCGGCGGAGGACGAUGCUGAGAUAAGCCGCGAUGCAAGCGAUGAGCGCCAACCCGGGCGCGCCGCGGGCGCCGCAGCGGUCGCCGUUCGCGAUCCAGGAGCUGCUGGGUCUGUCGGAAGGGCGGGAGCGGGAACGCUACCUGGAGCGGGACGAGCGGUACGCGCCGCAGCUGCUGCCAGCGUCGGUGGCGAGCCGCGUGGCGUACGCCGCCGCCUUCAACGCACAGGCCGCCGUCGCCGCCGCCUUCCUGCCCGGCCCGCCGCUGUUGCAUCCCCCACCCGGGUUCCCGCAGAUCAAGUCCCCCUACAGCCCCUCCGCGCAGCCACACCUUAGCGCGGUUCGACAGUUAUAUUCAGGUGUAUCGUCACUAGAAGCGGCCAAAGACUUCACAGUCGACGGGCUGACGGGGUACAACGGGAAGAAAAAGAAGAAGAAACGUAGACACAGCCGCACGAUCUUCACGUCGUACCAGCUGGACGAGCUGGAGAAGGCGUUCAAGGACGCGCACUACCCCGACGUGUACGCGCGCGAGAUGCUCUCCCUCAAGACGGACCUGCCCGAGGACAGGAUACAGGUGUGGUUCCAGAACCGUCGCGCGAAGUGGCGCAAGACGGAGAAGUGUUGGGGGCGCAGCACCAUCAUGGCGGAGUACGGGCUGUACGGGGCCAUGGUGCGCCACUCCCUGCCGCUGCCGGAGACCAUCCUCAAGAGCGCCAAGGACAACGACAACGUCGCGCCGUGGCUGCUCGGCAUGCACCGCAAGUCGCUGGAGGCGGCGCAGCACCUGAAGGAGUCGGGGUCGGAGCGCGAGGGAUCCGAGGCGGAGGCCGACCACGCGCCGCCCUCCCCGCACAGGCACGACCACGACCACCAGGCGCAGAGCUCCCCGGGCAGCAGCACGACGGCGUCGUCGUCGGCGAAGGGGCGCGCCUCCCCCGACCACUACGACGACCCCGAGGCGCUCCGCAACAACAGCAUCGCCUGUCUCCGGGCCAAGGCGCAGGAGCACCAGGCGCGCCUGCUCUCCAACAACCUGCUGCUGCAGGUGCGCGGGCUGCAGCGGCCGAGCGCGGCGGAGGACGACGGGCCGACGGACAUCGACGUCGGCACCGAACCCCCGCCCCUCGACCCGCGCCUCUACUGAGCCCCCGGCCCCCGCACCGCGCCGGCGACUAGUGACGUCAUGGUGACACACACUUGGUAGUGAAAUUGUGACUUUCGGAGCAAAAGCGAGAUAGUGCAGAGGCUACGUGCGAUAGAAGAGACAAACUUCAUUGUGCAGAAAGUGACUUAAGUGUUACCGCAGCAAAACUAAUGUUAUCUACGAACUAAAGCUGAUUUUAGUCUCAAGCUAAUCGCUCGCUGACGGUCUAUGCCAAUACC